AUGGUCAUUAUGAGCUCGUGGAGCGGGCACCGCUUCUUUGGAUUCGGGGUAACAGUUAAGCCUUUCUGCUCUGCCACGGGCGCUCUGGGUCGCCAACUUCGAGUACCCCGAUCUAUGCUGCAGUUUUUUACUGUCAGCACAACGUCCGUCCAACAACGGGACCUCUUUGGGUUCAGACAUUGGCACUUCUCGUGUUACGUCAGUCUCGAGACCAUGGUCCCACUGGUUUCGUCGAUCCGUCGUUAUGGCGGGCGAUGCAUGCCCUACAUCUUUCUGGUUCCCAAGGAGGUUGCAUGCACCAUCGGUUUCUUUGGAACGCACGGCUUGAUCAUGAGACUCUUUAAUGCCAUUUUAAUGCUGUGUGUAUUAGCGGACACAUCGAGUUGUUUCGUGGCUUUUACUUCAGUCGCUGCACCAGAACGCCGUGUUCCUUCCGCCUUGUCGCUACACAAAUCGGUGGAGACUCCUGAAUCUGCAGCGGAAAAAUCGAUGGUCUUUCAACACCAAACUAUCACGCGCAAAGGAAUGCUCGUUCGUUCCACUGCUGUAUUAUCGUCGAUACUAUCCAACCCUUUUACAGCCAACGCUGACACUCCUACCAGCAUUCAGUCGUGUCCCAAGGGCACAGGAAAUUCCAAAGUCAAUUGUGCUUCGACGGCCGCCGUGCGUCAAGUCGACAACUAUAUCGAGCCGUGGACGUACCCGUCAUCCAUGCCCGUAAAUGAGGUUAUUGCUCGCCUCAAAGGAGCCGUCAGUACAGAUAUACACAAUACGAUCGUCGAACAAAACGAAACUUAUCUCAAAGUAGAGGCCGUCCGCAAUUUUUCUACCGAUAUGGUAGAGUUCCUAGUAAAUCCAGAAGAUCACAUUGUCACAUUCAUUUCCCGACAGACGGAUGGUCCGGAUUUUGGAGACUUUGGCGCUAAUAGGAAGCGAUUAAACGAGAUUCGCAGAAAAGCCCGCGUCUUUGACGUCAUGGGUGGGCAAGGGUACGCCCGUGAAUCCGCGCUUGGCCAGCUCAAAGCGUUCUACGGAUUACAAAGUGGCGCCGGCUUUGAAGACGUCAUUCUUGACUUGGACAACUAA